UAGUACCAAAAAAAAAAAAAAAGGAAUAAAGUGAAACUACAUUCCUCAGGAUGGGAGCAGGCCAGUGAGGAGAGCUCACAGCCCCAAAGAAACCAGGUACCAGUUGCUAUAUGGAGUAUUUUAUGCUUGUUUGUUUGGUUGGUUGGUUUUCUUUUUCAGGCAAGGGGCAGCUCUUUGGAUUGAGGAACAAUUAAGAAUAAGUCUCUUCCUUUCUAUUGUAGGUUUUUUGUUUUGGGGGAUUUUUUUGUCUGGACCUUUGUGGGACUGUCUUGGUGCUCAAGGUCAUGGUGGGAAGGAUCAAGACUAUAAUGCAAAUGAGAUUAUAAUUAUAUGGGGUUACCUAUGAGUGCUGAAGAUGGUCCCUAGUACACGAGUCUCCUUGCUUUUAUCAGGGGUGGUCUAGUUGUUAGAACCGGAUGCUGUCUGUGGUCUUUGGAAAACUAUCUUGGGCUGUCCCAGAAGCCUAUAGCGAAUGUGCCCCCUUGUUUUUACCAGGUGUGUCCUAAUUGUUAGAAGCAGGUGUUUUCUGUGGUUUUGGAGAGCUGGCUUCCUCUUUUCUCCUCUGCCUCUCAGACCCGCUCCAGAGACCUCCUCCGUCUACCUCCUGCCUCAUUGCCCUGUUCAGCGCUUCAUCCUCAGUACCGCAUGUGGAACCUCCCCCGAGCUGGUCUCCCGACUCUUGGUCAGGUGGAGGAGUGUAUUAACAGAUGAGUGCAGGGACAGAGGGAGGCCCUGGAGGAGGGCCCUGACCCAGCCCGAGGACAGUUGAGGUGGCCUCUUGUCAGAAGGGAGCCUUUGCCACUUCCUGGAAGACAAGGAGGCAUUAGCAGCAUGCACAAAUGCCUGCCCUGGUAGUAGGAGAGCACUUGGUACGUUCAGGAAUGGUCAGCCACCACAGAGCAACCUGCAAAAGGCCUGCUUCCCUUACUGGCCAUCUUCAGGACACUCCUGGCUGUAUGGACCAUGUCCCACCCUAGACGGGCUGCUCAUGUAGGACAGAAUGUUCCCAUGGUAUCUCCCCCAUCAGAUCAGCAGCACUCAGAUCAGCAGCACUCAGAUCAGGGGAAGACAAGCAAGGAAAAGGAGGGCACUUGUUGAGGGACCCCCACUGGGAGGAUAGGCUGGAUCUAACCUGGCAACCAUCUCAAGGUGGAUGUUAUUAUCCCCAUUACAGAGGUGGGGGGGUUAGAGGCAGGGAGAUGCAGAAUCCACUUCCAAGCACCAACCCGGGCCCAUCCUCACCAACCUGGGGGUCCUGUGUCUCCCCAUCACUUCUGCUGUUCCUCAGUGGGUGGCAGUGUGCAUUGCAGACUCCCCUGACAGAGGAAGGAACCAAGACCAAGGAACUGCCGGGGGUUCCCCCAACGGAGCAUGAACUAAAGAAGCACCAAGUUCAGGAAGAACUUCCCAUACUGACAGGACAAAAGGCUGGGCCUGGAUGAGGAUGGGGGCACCAAAGGAAGAGGGGACCAAUCCCUGGGACAGGUCAGAAUACCUUACCUAACUCCCCUGCCACAACCCCAACUCCUCACUUCUCUGUUGACUUCCCCAUCUGCUGAUUUGUCAACUUCCCACCCUCAAACACACAACCAGGGUGACCGAUGGUCAAGAGCUCGGGGUUCAAAUCUCCACUCAGAGACUUCUUAGCUAGGUCAUCUCAGGAGGAUUCCAUCCCCUGUCUUAGCUUCACUUUUCUUAUCUGUAAAAAAAUGACAGAGAAAUCUCUGCUCUGGAGAAUUGUUGUAAGAUUCAGAGACAAGCUGUGACAGUGCGUGGCCAACCAUGAGGCAUGGUACCUGCUGGUUAUUGUCGUCAGCAACCCAGGAAAUUGGUUUGGAAGGAGUUAAGCGGAGACCUUGCCUCCCAGCCAGGAACAAAUCAGGGCUGGCAGGGGAGGAGCCAGGCUGCUGCCAGGAAAGAGAUCUAGACCUGCCAGAUGCAGCCCGAAGGAAGGGACGGGAGACAGAGUGGCGCUGGCAGGGCUUGGGGGGCAUGGGGCAGGGCUUAGCUCAGCAGACCUGGCCUCUGCUCCUGGCCUCUGUUCUGGGAGAGCUCCAAGCCUGAGGGUCCAGGGUGGCUGUGAGGCUGGGGAGGGUUGGUGCUGCCCCAGCUGGGGACAGCGGCAGAGUGUAAGAGGACCAGAGCCUUGAGUCUUCUCGGUCCCCCAGGCAAAGGGCUCUAACUUCAACUGACUCUGAUGGCCCGCAUGGGCACAGAGUUUAAUUUUAGCUCCAGCCACAGGAGUGCCUGGCUGCAGGUGCAGGGGUAGCCAGAGCCACAGGGAUUGUUCAGGCAGUGGGGCAGUGGGAGAGACAAGCCCUACUUCCUUCCAGCCUUCCCCCCAGCAAGGCUGUUUCCUGUGGGAGCCCUGACCAGUCCUCCAUGGCCUGGCAGACAGCCCUCCUCUCAGUCAAGGCCAAGGUCAGAGGGGGCAGCCAGGAGGGCAGAGGGACAUUGCUUUGCUGUCCGGACAAGGGUUACAUCAGUCUGAGUAGUGCCCAGGGCCAGGGGGCCCUGCCGGUGGGGCAAAGGGUGACUUGGUUGUGCAGAGGCUGAGGAAACAGAGUCCUGAGCAAGGAAAGCAAAUCCAGAAAGCUAGGUCCUCCCUGGCUCCUCAUGCGUGGCCAGUGACUUGCUGUUUGACCUUAGGCAGGGAGUUUGUUCUCAUGGGUCUUAGUUUUCCCAUCUGUGCAGUGACAGUGUUGGACUAGAAAGCUGAUCGCAGCCCAGGUCUCCACCCUCAGGUUCUGCUUGUUCUUUCUGUGUGCCUGCAGGGGCACCUGGCUUUCCCCAGCCUUGGUUGUGGGUGGCCACAUGCAGUUCUGGAGAAGAAAGUCCCUCUGGCUGGCACUGUCAGCUUCCUGGCUCCUCCUCAUCCUCCUAGGGGCCUCCCCACUUCUCCGCCUAGCAGUGUCCCCCAGACCUCAACCUGCCACCCCCCAAGGCUGGCCCCACUGGCUGGAUGCAGCGCUCCUGCAGAGUUUCUCCCAGCCUGAGGAGCCCCCAGAAGAUGUCCCUCAGCCUUCUCAAGCCCUCCAUGGUGCCAGAUGCAGCUGGGGAACCUGCUUUGACACCUCCAGGUGCAGGGAUGACGGCCUCAAGGUAUUUGCACACCCAGCAGCUGGAACAGCCUCUGAGACGCAUCGCAGGAUCCUGGCUUCCCUGGAAGGCUCCCGCUACCAUGCUCGAAGCCUCACAGAGGCCUGCCUCUUCCUCCUCCUCAGCCAGGGCACCUCGGCUGGACAGUGUGGCCCAGCACCCCACCACUGGGACGGAGGCAGAAACCACCUGGUCAUCAAUCUCCACCCAGACUCCUGUCCCCGAGCCUCCCAGUUGGGACAGGCCAUGGUGGCGGAGGCCAGCCCCAGGGUGGACACCUUCCGGCCUGGCUUCGAUGUGGCACUCCCGCUGCUCCCUGAAGCCCACCCAUUUCGAGGUGGAGCUCCUGGCCAGCUGCGGCAGCACAGCCCCCACCCUAGCGCAGCCCUGCUAGCCCUGGGAGAGGAGGGGGGCAGGUGGCACACAGCAAGUACUCACUCUGCCACCUGCCCCUGGGAUGGGCGCUGUGAGCAAGACCUUGGACCUAAGCAGACCCACCCUGGGGAAAAGCUGCCCAACGCCACCUUCUGCCUCAUCCCUGGCCGACGUGCUGAAGCCUCUCGUUUCCUCCAAGCCCUGCAGGCUGGCUGCAUCCCUGUGCUUCUCAGCCCCCACUGGGAGCUGCCCUUCUCUGAGGUCAUCGACUGGACCAAGGCGGCCAUUGUAGCUGAUGAGAGGCUCCCACUUCAGGUCCUGGCCGCCCUCCAGGAGAUGGCUCCUGCACGGGUCCUCGCCCUGCGACAGCAGACUCAGUUUCUGUGGGAUGCCUACUUCUCCUCCGUAGAGAAAGUCAUCCAUACCACUCUGGAGAUUAUUCAGGACCGGAUCUUGGGCACCUCUGCCCACCCCUCACUGCUGUGGAACAGCCCUCCAGGGGCACUCCUGGCCCUGUCCACUUUUUCCAGGAGCCCCCAGGACUUCCCCUUCUACCACCUGCAGCAGAGCUCCCACCCUGAAGGCAGAUUCAGCGCCCUCAUCUGGGUGGGGACCCCCAGCCAACCCCCUUUGAAGCUCAUCCAGGCGGUGGCAGGCUCCCAGCACUGUGCCCAGAUCAUGGUUCUGUGGAGCAGGGAGAGGCCACUCCCUUUCAGGUGGCCGGAGACAGCAGUGCCCUUGACAAUCAUGGAUGGGCCUAGGAAGGUCAGUGACCGCUUCUUUCCAUACAGUGCCAUCAGCACUGAUGCCAUCCUCAGCCUCGAUGCCCACAGCAGUCUUUCUACAAGUGAGGUACGAACGCUGGCCUGGUGCAGGGAUUGGAGGGCCAGAGACUUCCUGCCUGAACCAGGAAUAGGGUGGCCCAGAGCCCAGAGCACCCAGGUCAAGGCCCAGAUCUGCCACUUCCCACUUACAUCACUCUGGGCAAGUCUCUUACUUCUCUUGAGUUUCAGUGUCUUUGUAAAAUGAGAUGUGUUCACCUCACAGGGCUGGUGUGAUCAUCCAGUCAAGUCCCCGGCACACACAUGUUCAACAAAUAGCUAGUGUUGUUUUACGUAGAAGUUCAGUAUUCAGUGGUAAGGACAGUGUUGGGGUUUGGUGGUGGUGGUGAUGGGGUAACAAGAGAAUGGUUCUCGUGCGUUAUAAAUGUGGGUCUGCUGGGCUGGGGGCCACCUCAAAGCUGCCUGAAGUGCCUCACUCUUAGGGUAGGGAUUGCACUGCAGAGGGGCUCCUCAAAGUAAUUCCUUCAACAUGUUUAAACCAAUCUGUGUAACAUGGAACCCCUUGCAGAUUCAUCCAGGGACUCUGCAGGGAAUUUUCAGUAAAGUGAAGAACAUCCCUAAUGUCUGUAGAGCACCCUGUCUUGCGCUGUUGGGUAUCACAAGCAUCUCCUCACCUGGUUAUUCCACAGUCUCCCUGAAGCUUGUAUCUGGCUGGUCAUGUUUGAUCCCCCUGCCUGGCCCCACAAGUCUCGGUCUGCCUGAGCAGGGCAGACAAGCAGGGCCAGUGGGAGCUCUCUGAGCCAGCCAGGGCCGGGAGAAGGGCUUUGGAAAGAGGCUAGGAUCAGGGUUGAAGGCUGAGGGGAGGUCAGCAGGGAAGAGAAUGGGGCCUGGGGGCGGGGUGGGGGAGACUUGGCUGCAGCCUCUCCCUGUCCUCC